AUGGCAUUGCCCUCAGCAUGUCCUUUUUCGCAUAAUGUGUUUGACGCUGCUGGGGCUGGAUAUGUGCUUGAGUCAUUGGCAGCUUGCUGUUACAAUACUUCAACCGGUGGCACUGAUGCUCAGAUGCCGUUGGCAUUGGAUCCAGAGGCCGAUUUGCGGAUAAGACAGGUGAUCUUGGACGAUAGCUCUAGGCCAUGCAGCACGGAAAAGUUCUCAGAGAACUACCGGUGCAACGUACGCGAGAAAGCGCGCGACGAACUUGCUUCCGUGGUAGCAGUUUAUCACCACAAGAUGUAUACUUUAUCUGAGAAUAAGAUCCAGAUACUGAGGGCAACGUGCAAUAACUUAGCUCCCUGCUUUGAGAAAGUGCCAUCUUCACGAGCUAGGUCUAUCUCGAGAUCAGAUAUAGUGAGCGCAGCACUUGCGCUUUGCGUGAAAAGGAGUCGGGCUGCUGCGGCGCAGAGUGGACUAGUAUCCAAACCGAAGGAGCCAGGGCGAUUUGCGCUGGCUGUGAAUCUGCGCCCGCGGCUCCGGAAAGUCGGUGCUGAAAAGUAUUUUGAUAGUUUUAUGACCACUGUCCAGAUUAAUUCGAUACAGAAGGAUGUAUACCCAGGAGGGGGGUUUUCUGAUUACAAGGGAUUUGACCUGCUGCAUCUCACGAGAAUUGCAUUAAACUUCCGUCAGAAGGUCACUGCUGUUACCCCUGAAUAUUUUCACGAGUUGAGCUCUCAUUUCCUCAACUUUGGGGGGCAAUUGGGUUUCAUUGAUUACCUGUGGCUCCAGUUGAAGCCUGUCGAUGGAACGUGUGUCAUUAUGCCAGCUCGUAUCAAAGAUUCUGAUAAUCACUACGGGAGCAAGGUAGAGGGUUCAUGGGACGUCUUGAUCACAUUGAAGCCGAACGUUCUUGAUACUUUGGAGAAGGAUCCACUGUUCAGCUUUUUGGUGGAGAAGAAGGAACAGCUGAUCGGGUUCAAUUCAAACACUGGUGUACAUGCUCACUUAUAA